CGCCAUUUAGCCACAUGUAGCUAGAUCAACCGGUACCACAGUACUGGUAGCAGGUCAGUAGUAGUACAUGUACAGCUAUCUCUUCAUCCACCGGAACUACAGCUCACAAUUUGGUUUUGCAAGUCAACACCAAGCUAACCAAUCACCAGCUUUUCGAGCAUACCCGUAUCACCAACGAGAAUAUGAAUCAUUCCUACUGCUCGUUCUUCGACCAAGAGAUCUCCCUCGGAAACGAGCCUCAGUUGUCGGUUGCCUUGGAUCAAGAGCCCAUGAGUCUGAAGACUUUGUUUGCAAACUCUGUACGUAGAGGACGCAAGCAUGAGGAUCCAACCGUUCCAACCAAGAUUCUUGAGGCCCCCUUGCAGAAAGUUGUGGUGGCAAGUGUGCCUUCUGAAGAUGCUGACGAGGAAGUAAACGAAACUACUACUAGUACUGGUACUGUUGGAGCACCGCAGGGUGUUUCAUCGAAGCGUCGCAAGCCCCGAACUCAGAGUGGUGAAUCCGCCAAGCGCUUCCACAUUCAAUCACCCAGAGAGAACUUUAUGCUUCAGAGAACCGAAAGUGACCGGAGGAUAGAAGAGAAGGCCACUGGUAUGAAGUGCAAGGGUUUGCAGAAAGACCAUUUGUAGAGGAAUGCUGUUUGUCGGAUUCAAUCAUGCCAUAAGAGAGAGCACGGGACAGCUCAAAAAGUGGCCGAAUAUUGCGUCUCAACAGGUUUGGUGGGAACAAAGUGGAAAAGUGCUACCGGUAUGUACUGAGUAGAGAUAAACAACCAGCUAGAAAGCAAUUUCAGCCAAUGCCAGCAUAUUCUACUGGGGACCCAUAUCAAGUCCUUGGCCACAGACUACUGAAUACCUACCGAACACCUCCACAGCUCCAGUAGCGGUAGAUCCACUAUACUUGCCAGCCACUACAAGUAUCAUACUUGACUGCGGGAAAUACA